AUGGGCAAGCGUCACAACAGAAAACGAACAAGAAGCCGUCCUCGGAACCGCAACAACAAUAACGACAAUUCACCACCGCAAAUCAUCAAUCACACUCGAAGUGAAUCCGUCAGCACUACCUCUUCAACUCUCUCUGCAACAAGCUCCUGCUUCCAUCCUCGAAGCCACCAUAUUGCGAACGCCACUGCGAACCACUGGCAGCAAACUUAUACCGCAUGGCAAACCCGGCUUCGCCUUCAGGAGGAACAGGAGCAAGAGUUGGAAACUCAACGACUCCGCAUCUUUGGUGGACUACCGGAGGAUGAAAGGACUUUGAUGGAGCCGAUGCUGAAGGUGGUCACGGAUCUUUUCGACGGCUUCUACGACUAUGAAGAUCCGUGA